AUGAACGGCACAACAACCAACGGCGUCAAUGGCAAUGGCAACGAGAAACACACAACCUCUUCCUCAUACGCCCUCCCCCAAUCCCACCAAGACCUCAUGACCCGCUCCCUCAUCGACACCGACCCGGAAAUCGCCGAAAUCAUGAAGAAGGAGAUCCAACGCCAGCGCGAAAGCAUCCUCCUCAUCGCCUCGGAAAACGUCACCUCCCGCGCCGUCUUCGACGCCCUCGGCAGCCCCAUGAGCAACAAGUACAGUGAGGGAUACCCCGGCGCCCGCUACUACGGCGGCAACGAACAUAUCGACGAGAUAGAAAUCACGUGCCAGAAUCGCGCGUUGCAGACUUUUGGCCUCCAGGCCGAGGAGUGGGGGGUUAAUGUGCAGCCUCUCAGUGGAUCACCAGCGAAUCUGCAGGUCUAUCAGGCGAUUAUGCGGCCGCAUGAACGGUUGAUGGGGUUGGAUCUGCCGCAUGGAGGGCAUUUGAGCCAUGGGUAUCAGACGCCGACGAAGAAGAUUAGUGCUGUGAGCACUUACUUUGAGACUUUCCCUUACCGCGUGAAUCUGGAGACGGGCUUGAUUGAUUAUGAACAGUUGGAGCAGAAUGCCCUGAUGUAUCGACCUAAGGUUCUCGUGGCGGGGACGUCGGCGUAUUGUAGGGAGAUUGAUUAUAAGCGGAUGAGGGAAAUUGCGGAUAAGGUGGGCUGUUAUCUGAUGAUGGAUAUGGCGCAUAUUUCUGGCUUGGUGGCGGCGGGCGUGAAUGCUUCGCCGUUUCCAUAUUGCGAUAUCGUCACCACUACCACCCACAAAUCCCUUCGUGGACCGAGAGGAGCCAUGAUCUUCUUCCGCCGCGGCGUCCGCAAGACCGAGAUGAAAGCCGGCAAGGAGGUCCAAACGCUCUACGACCUCGAAGGCCCCAUCAACUUCUCCGUCUUCCCGGGCCACCAAGGCGGUCCCCACAACCACACCAUCACCGCCCUAGCCGUGGCGCUCAAACAAGCCCAAACAGAAGACUUCAAACAGUACCAACGCCAAGUGAUCAAGAACGCCAAACAGCUCGAACACUCCUUCCUCGCCCUCGGCUACAAACUCGUCACGGACGGCACAGACAACCACAUGGUGCUCCUGGACCUCAAACCCCAGAAUCUAGACGGCGCCCGCGUCGAAGCCGUCCUCGAACAGGUCAAUAUCGCCUGUAAUAAAAACACCACCCCGGGGGAUAAAUCCGCCCUCACGCCCUGCGGCAUCCGGAUCGGUGCGCCUGCUAUGACGAGCAGGGGCAUGGGGGAGAAGGAUUUCGAGAGGAUUGCCGGGUUUAUUGAUCGGUGUGUUAAGCUCGCGAGUAAGAUCCAGAAGGAGCUGCCGAAGGAGGGGAAUAAGUUGAAGGAUUUCAAGGCGGUGGUGCAGAGGAAGGGGACGGUGGAGGAGAUUGUGGAGAUGAAGGGGGAGAUUGCGGGGUGGGCGGGGACUUUCCCGUUGCCGAUCUAA